UUUUUACCCAGACAUUUAAAAAAGAUAUAUAUUUCAGAGAAGUACUCGCUGUAAAACCCUGAUAUUUUUAUCCAAGGUUAUCAUACCAUCAUAAUCUUGUCACAAAUGGGCUUAAGAUUUAACCUUAAGUUGCUAAAUGUUGCCAAAAAAUCUACAUUUGUUUAUAGUUGUUUUUAUUUUAAAAAGUAGCUUGAAUAGUCUAAAAAGUUGCUAAAUCUAGUGCUGAUAAAUAUUAGGAGUCCUGAUUAUGUCUUCAGGACUGUUGUGUAUCUUUCCCUGAUGCUUCAUGUAACACUGUUUUAACAGUUUAAUAAUGCAUGGGGUGCAAAGUAACCAUCAUAUUGAAUUGAACAAAAAAUGCUUUGUCUGUCGAUUGUUUACAAAAGCUCCAGAGAGACGCUUUCUGCUUCUGUGAAGUGACUGUUUACAAAACUCGAUAUGAAGUCAGAACAGCUCUUCUGUGCUUCCCCACGGAAGGACCGCUUUCUUAGUUCCUAUAACUAUUUGCGGAAGUAGCCGCUUUUUAUGCCUUUGUACCGAACAACAGCAGCUGGGAACGAUUUUAGUUAUAGGAACGCAGUUUAGGGGACUUCAAAGUAGAUGCUCCAGGAACUACCAGUGACGUAAGUGUGCAGGGAUUGGCCAAACUCGCGUUAUACGAAACACCGGCACCCACCAUUUUUAAAGAGCCGUGUAAAACACUUCAGCAGCUCCACGAAUAUGGAAAACAGUGAUCGAUGGACCGACGGAGAGGUCCAGGCGCUUCUCAACUUCUACGCCAGAGAGGAAAUGCAGCGCGACUUUGAGGGGAAUAAAAGAAACACCAAGAUCUUUGCGUGCAUCUCUGCUCAGCUCGCGGCGCUGGGCAUCAACCACACGGCGAAGCAGUGCCGAGAAAAAAUUAAGAAACUCAAGCAGGACUACAAGCGAAUUAAAGAUUACAACAAUCAGAGCGGAUUGGAACCUAAAACUAGCAAAUGGUACCAGCUACUUGAUGCCAUCCUUGGCCACAGACCGGCUUAUGCGGGCACCAGAGACUCUGCUGUGGGGCUCUUGGACACCAUGAGCCCGGAGAGCUUCAGUUUACCUGCCGAACUCAAAGCCGAAGACACUUCACCAGAGUGCUCUCUGAUGGCUGAGGAACAUUUGAUUGCAGAUGCCCAUAUGAUCAGUACCACCACAUACAGCACCCCCAGCUGCCCGAGCUCUCCUCCAUCUGUCAGACCAGGAAAGAGGAAAAGGGGUGACGCAAGUGUCCUGAGUCUAGUAAAAGAGAUGAUGGAACAGGAGGAGGAAAACCGCAGACAAAGCUACAUGCAAAUGCAAAUCCUUGUGGACAUGCUUAAAGAGCAGGUGCAGAGAGAGGUGGAAGAGAGGGAGCGUCUGAGGGAAGAAGCGGCGGAGGCUCGACACCAGCAAGCUGCUUUCAUGGAGAGCCUUCUGACCACUGUCAACAGACUCGUAGCAGGGGCACACAGCCUGCGUCUCCCUGAGCCAGUGACAAAAGAAGUAGGUUGUCAGUGUGAUGCUCCCAUCAUGAAGAGUGUGGGGGUCCAAGCAGAUUAUGUGCCAAAAAGGCCAAAACGGCGUAGUAAAGCAAUUCAAGUGAGACCCAGUGCAAGCGUGUCCUGCUCAGAUGAGGAAUUUCCUGUCAAAUCUGAAGCUUCAUCCACAUUAACACCAAUUAAAAGGCCACGUGUGGAGGAUUCCUCAGACGGGUCAUCAUGCUGCUCAGAGGAUCCUCCAGAUGAUACCCAAGUGCCUGAUAUUAUCCCAGAAGAAGAUAUAAAGCUUGAGCCCUGUGAUUCUUCGUACAUCGUCGUCACCCUCUGAAUCCUCCAUUUCAUCAUCUGCAGAGAACAGGAUCUGACCGGCACAAGAGGAAAUGGGCAAAGAGAGAAAAAAAACUAAUAAACAAGCAGCUGACUCUGAUGAUAGAUUGUCCAAUAGAAUGGAAUACUCUACUCCUUACAAACCUAAAUGGGGUACAAUGACUGAGCGACUGUAGUUGUUGAAAUAUUAGUAGCAAAAAACAAUUGUUAGGAAAGACUGUGAACUCUGUUCAUCCUGCAAGGUAAACACUAUAUUUACUGUUUCAAAUAGAAUCAAAUGUACCCAGAAUCUAUAACUGGAGGCUUGGCAGUGUCUUAAAGACACAUCAGUUUGAAUACGUUCAGGCUUCCAAACUUUACAUUCAUUCUGGAAUGUUGGUAAAGUAAAAGGGAGGAAGGGAUGUACAUUAUAGGUCAUGGGUUGAGGGAGGAUUUUGGCUCAAAGUCAAGGGAAAACCUAAAAUAUGAAUGCUGUCGUUCAGAUGUUUGACGGGCAGUAAAAGUGUCUUUGCCAAAGCAAAUCAGUGUAUAUAAAUCCAGAUUUUCCAUGUUCAGACUUUGUGCUGAUUGUUGGUUUCAUUGUUAUGUACAUUCCAUGAAUUAUUAAAGAUUACCAUUUAUAAUUA